AUGUCAAGCCCCGUUUUGAAAUUGAAUAACGGAGCCCAGAUACCAGCUUUAGGGUUUGGUACUUUUCAGAAUGAAGGAUCCCCAGGGAAGUGCCAUGAUGCCGUACUUUGGGCUCUACAAUCAGGUUAUCGUCAUCUAGAUUGUGCUUGGUAUUACAAAAAUGAAGAAGAGGUUGGGACCGGCUUGCGAGAAUUUUUAUCCAGUAAUCCCAGUGUCAAACGUUCCGAUAUCUUCAUCACCACGAAAGUGUGGCCUCAUCUAUGCGGCUCUCCCGAAGAUGUUGAGUGGAGUCUGAAUUACAGUUUAGAGAAAUUAGGCCUCGAAUAUGUGGAUUCUCUUUUGAUGCAUUGGCCCUUCGCCGCAGAGAGGACCGACGAUUAUGAGGUCAAGCUCGGAGAUGAUGGAAAGUACAUCAUCAAGAAGGAACUCACUGCCAACUUGGAACCUAUCUGGCGUAAAUUCGAAGCUCUGAACAAAGCUGGCAAGGCAAAAGCUAUCGGAGUAUCCAAUUUUACUAUCUCAAACCUGGAAGCUCUUCUCAGUUAUGCGGAAAUUCCUCCAGCCAUCAAUCAAGUUGAGAUCCAUCCCGUCUGGCCAAAUACCAAGUUGAUUAAUUAUUGUUUUUCGAAAAACAUCCUUCCCGUGGCAUAUUCGCCACUGGGAUCUCAAAGUCAGGUUCCAACUACGGGGAAAACAGUUAUCCAAAAUCCUGACCUCAUCUCAAUCGCCGAAAAGAAAGGUGUUAGUAUAGGACAGAUAUUGAUUGCUUGGGGUAUCAAGCGUGGAUACGUAGUCCUUCCCAUGAGUUCGAAUGAAGGGAGAAUCAAAACCAAUGGGACAUUGGUGGAUUUGACCGAAGAGGAAUUCGAAAGUAUGAACAAAGUCGCUGGAAGUAAGGAAACAAGGUUCGUGGAUUUGAAAGAUAUGUUUGGAUGGAAUGUAUUCGGGGAGGAGUAA